AUGUAAAAUAAAUUAUUAGAUAAAGUUUAGGAAGAGAAUGUAAAAAACAAAAUGAGUAAAUUAUUCACAGGAAGUUAGAAUGAUUAUUAUGUUUCAAUGAAAGAGGAUGAGAGUCAUUAGAUAGAAAUGAAUAAAAUAUAAAGAAAAAAAGUGUUUUUAUCAGGUAGUGAAGAUGAAGAAGAAAGAUAGCCAGCAUAAAUAAUAAAAUAAGAAGAUAAUAAAUGUAAUAUAACGUCUAUGAGAUUAGAAGUUUAAGUAUAUUAAUAAACAGAGAUAAGAAAGAGUGAUAUUUUAGAUGAAGUACCUACAUAAGAGAAUAUUGAUGGGUUAAAUGGGAUGACAUAAUUUGAGCUAUCACCAUUGAACAUUUAAGGAGGAAAAAAGAAAAACAAAUUGAAGAAAAACAAAUCAAAAAAAAAAAAAGCGAAACAUUAAGCAUUACCAUUUAAUUGGAAUACUUAUAAAUUCUUAUUACACUAUCCAUUAUAACAUUUAAAAUUAACUAUAUUAGUGAAUGUAUUGAUAGUAUUAUCAGCUGUAGCAUAAAUGUUAUUACCUUGGAUACUUGGUAGAUUGAUUGAUGCAAUCACUAAAUAAGUUUAAGAUUCUCAUAGCUCAGAAGGAAAAGCUGAUAAUAAAGAUAAUAAUUCAUUUAUUGAUGAAGAAUUACAUACCAAAUUAUCAAAAUAAUUUUUAAUUGUUUUGGCCACUUAUACUAUAUUAUCAUUAAUUAGGGCAUUUGCUAAUUAAAUUUGGUAAGAAUAGAUAUAUAAUGAAAUGAGAGAAGAUGUUUUAAAAUCUUUCUUAUCUUUUGAUUUAACCUUUUUCAAUACAUAUAGAAAUGGUGAAAUAAUAUCUAGAAUGACAAAUGAUUUAUAGUCAGCUAAAUCAGCUGUGAGUGGAAAUAUAAUUUUACUUAUAAGAAAUUGUUGUUUAACAAUAUUCAAUAUAAUAGUAUUAUUUGCUUUAUCAUGGAAAGUCACAUUAGCAAUAUUAGCACCAAUGCCAUUAUACACAGUGUUAACAACUAUACAUACAAGACUUGGAAAGAGAUUUGAAAAAUUAGGUUAAGAGUAUUAAGCAAAAUUGACAACUUUAGCAGAUGAAAUAGUCUCAGGAGUAGUAACAGUUAAAAGUUUCUGUACUGAAUAAUUUGAAAUAAAGAAAUUUCAUAAAUAAUUAAAUUUAAAUAUGAAAUUGGCUUAAAAAAGAGGAGUAAAUAAUGGAUGUUAUUAAGCUGCAAGUGCUUUAUUUACAUAACUAGGUUCAUUAAUAGUAUUAUGGUAUGGAGGUAAAUUGGCAAUGAAUAAUUCAGCAGAAUUAUCAGCUGGGUAUAAUAUAUGAAAUAAAUAAUUAGUGACUUAACUACCAUAAUUUUAUACUCUAUAUAACUAUCUACAUCUAGUUCUAAUAUAAGUGAAUCAUUUGCUAAAAUUGUGAGUGCAACUGGAGCUUUUGAAGGUGUUCUUGAAAUGUUGAAAUGGGAAUCUCUUGUAAAAGAGGCACCUGAUGCUAUAGAUCAUAUAACUCCAACAGGAGAAAUUUAAUUUAAAAAAGUUGUAUUCUAAUAUCCAAAUUCAUAAGUUUAAGUAUUAAAAGGAAUAACACUUAAAAUUAAUAAAGGAGAAUAUGUUGCAUUUGUUGGACCUAGUGGGAGUGGCAAAUCAACAAUUAUGCAUUUAUUAGAAAGAUUUUAUGAUCCACAAUCAGGUUCCAUUUAUUUUGAUCAAAUUAAUAUUAAAUAAUACAAGCUUAAAGCUUUAAGAAAAUCAAUAGGAUUAGUUUCUUAAGAUCCUGUUUUAUUUGAAGGAACUAUUGAAUCAAAUAUUAUUUAUGGAACUGAAAAUUAUACUAAAGAUGAUUUUGAAUGGGCUACUAAAGCAGCAGGAGUUUGGUAAUUUGUAUCUGAUAAAUUCAAAUUUCCACAUGGAUUUGAUACUUUUGUUGGAGAACAUGGUUAUACAUUAAGUGGAGGAUAGAAAUAAAGAAUUGUCAUAGCUAGAGCUUUAUUAAAAAGACCUAAAAUUUUAAUCUUUGAUGAAGCUACUUCUGCUUUAGAUGCUGAAAGUGAAUUCUAAGUAUAAUCUGCUAUUGAUGAAUUAAUUUAAAAAGGAAAUCAAAACAUUACUGUUUUAGUUAUUGCUCAUAGAUUAAGUACUAUUGUUAAUUGUAACAGAAUUAUUGUAUUACAAAAUGGUAUUGUUGCAGAAUAGGGAACUCAUUAGGAAUUAUUAAACAAUCCUGAUGGCAUAUAUAGACAAUUAGUCGAAAGAUAAUUAUCAGGAGUUAUUGAUUCCAAAGAUAAUGAUGGUGAUUCUGAAGCUUAAUGA